GACCGACCGAUUCCAGAAGCGCGACGAUCCAGAACGCUCUCAAUAGAGUUCUCGCGAUCAGUAUCGUCGCAAGCGAUCUUUUGUACGCGACGUUGUGCCAAAUAUUUUAAGCAUUGUCAUUGUCGCUGGCGCCAAUCGCGACACGUGGAUGAAUGAUCGAUAACGUGCGAGCCGCGAGUGGAACGAGUGCGUAGAUCGAACUCGCGAUCAGUCCAUAACGCAUCUGCGGAUCGUCAACGAGGGUGUCUCGCUACCGAAUUGUGAAAGUGAAACUCGGAUAACGUUCGCGCUUCCGACGACCGGAUUCGAAUGGGCAUGGAGCAGUUCGAGCAGCUGCUAACUUGCGCAAUAUGCCUGGACCGAUACAGAAAUCCGAAGCUCUUACCAUGUCAACACAGCUUUUGCAUGGAGCCGUGCAUGGACGGCCUCGUCGAUUAUGUUCGUCGACAGGUCAAAUGUCCAGAAUGCCGGGCCGAACACCGUAUACCGUAUCAAGGCGUGCAAGCUUUUCCGACCAACGUGACACUGCAACGAUUCCUGGAAUUGCAUAUCGAGAUCACGGGGGAAUUGCCGGACCCGACCAGCGGCCAGACCAUGGAACGCUGUGGCGUUUGCUCCGAGAAGAGCUACUGCUCGUUAUGCGUCCACUGCGAGAAGAAGUGCUGCCCCGAGUGCAAGGAUGCGCACAUGGAUAUUUUGAGGCGUGAAAUUGCGCGCAUCAACUCCCAGGUGCGCCGGGGUCUACACAGGCUGCAGGACGCGUUGGCCUUGGUGGAGAAAAACACGUUGGGCCUGCAAACAAACUGCGCCUCGGUGGCCGAAGAGGUGGACGAGAUUUAUCGGAGGCUGAGCAAGGCUUUGAAAGACCGCACGGAACAUCUGCGUAACGAGGUCGAUCGAUACCUCGGCAGCGAGCUCAGAGGCCUCAUUCAGCUCAAAGAGAAUCUCGAAUUGGAAAUCGCAAAUAUCCAGAGCAACUGCGAUUUGGCGGAGGCGCACAUAAAUGAAAACGUACCUUGGGACGACGCCGAGCUCCUGGACACAAAGGAGCUCUUCCUGCGUACGGUGGAAUUUAUCAGGAACUUCGAAUACGAGGCCGGGGAUUACAGCCGGCGAGUCCGCUUCGUGAUGGCGCACGAUCCGAAUCAGCUUGUCCUUCACGUGGCAGGUUAUGGCGAAUUGAACAUUAAACCGGAAAGCGGAAGCGGUGGAUUGCUAGGAAGCUCCAGCAGUUUAGCUCCACCCGGAGGUUCGCCCGGCCUCAUGAGAAGCAAGAGCGAUCAUCGUCUGGCCUCGCAGUACAGGCAGCAAGAGGAGGAACGGCUUGCCAGGAAUCGAUACGUUCCCGAGUAUGAGUAUGAUGCGCCGGAAUACGAGGUGCCUAGGAACAAGUUAAGAUACAGGAGUCGAUUUAUGCGACAUCGGGACGGCGAUGACUCCGACGGCGAUUCCAGAUCGACGGUGAGAUUCACGUCGACGCCGCAGGAGUCGUCCGGCCUGCGAGAGCGCGUUCUGGACACCGAGGACGCUGCGCGCGGUCCUCUGUCCGGUAUAUUUCGUCUGACCGACUCGCCUCGAGUCAUGAAGAAGCUGCAGGAGUGCGAGCGAGCCGGCAAGAGGAAGAAAGAGGACCCGGCGAGUCAAACCACGCAACAGCCCCAGAUACCUAAACCUCAGGUACAGGUGAGAAAGCUACCGACAGCGGUGGCGAGGCAGACCAGCGAGGACGACGAGAUCUCCAGAAUCAAGAAGCAGAACAAGAGCGCGGCGGCGACCGCCGCCACCACAACCCCCUUCACCGAGACGGUGGAGGAGAGGCAGCCGACGUCGACGCCCGCUCCCGUACAUCCGCCGCCGACGAGGGAGCUUCCGGAGCGGGAACCGGAGGAGCAGCCGGUCCGCAGACCGGCUAUCGCCAGGAGAACUUCGGCGGAAACUCACGCUCCCCCUGCGGCCAGGAGUGCCUCGUCGGACUCGAGCACCGGCUCCGAGAGCUCGGCCGGAUCGGGAAUACGCAGCACGGGUGCGCCGUUUACAACCGAGGAGAUGAAGCAGAAAUACUUGUCAAGAGCGCCUCCGACCAGCACGACGACCACCAUCUCGUCGGGGCCGACUGCAAUCACCACUGCAGUUAAGGAGUCGUCGAAUACCACCGCGCCGACAUCCAGAGCACCGUUUCAGAGCCGUUUUUUAGGCGCAGGUAAUCGUGCAGCUCCUCCACCGCCAAUUCAGACUCCGCGUGAGGAACCAGCCACAAAGAAGAAGGAAGAGGAAGAGGACGAUGACGAAGAGACAAGCAGUUCUUCUGAGGAAACGGAAUCGGACACCGAGGAGUCGGAAACGGACGCUCAUCCGUCCAACGCUACCCCGUCCGCAACUUCCGCCACUUCCCAAGAUCGUCAGAGAAAUGAGUCUGCUAUGGCGCGCACCGACAUCGGGCCCUUGCUCGCUCGCAGCGCAGAAGCUAGAAGAGGAAGCAAAGAAGAUUCGCCUUCCACCAGGUAUUCGUCGCCGAGGGGGAGCCCCGCGCAAUCCGUGACGACGACAACGACGAUGACGGCGCCGAGCGGCGCGGUGACGACGACGUCGACGCCGGGCGGCUACACCAGCAGGGCGUUUAGCGCGGACGGCACCGACGCCGUGAGACCGUGGUACGUGCCGGAUCGCGUCGAGGACGAUACAGUAAGCGCGGCCGCGAUCGCGGAUCGCACGGCUAACGUCGACGAAGACGCACGUAAACCGCAGGCGACAUACGCUAGCUCGGCACGAACGGACGGUAUUACGGACACCGACAAAUCGACCACCUCAUCCACCUCCUCCCAUCUCGCGAUCACUAGCGAACCCGAGAGUCAGCUCGGGAGUAACCGCGAAGGCAAUCGAGUAGCGAGCGUGGCGGAGACGUCCGGAGACGAGGACACGUUAGUGGAAGGUCGUUCCGGGAACGAUGAGAUCUCAUUGGUAGUCGUCGGUCUCGGCCGGGACGAGUCUACGACUCUCGUGACCGACGACAAUUCCGAGACGAGAGAACGCGAUAUAAUCACGUGCGAGAAACGUGAGUCCGACGACGCCGGCGCCGCCGCCGGUUUCUUUCGCAUCGUCAUCGAGGAUGUCGACGCGACGGUUGCCCAACAAUCUGUGCCGGAUCUUGUGAGUCGAUCGAUCGACGAGCACAGAAAUCGAUCGAGGUCCAAAGAUUCUCAGACCAUCUCCGAAUGUUCGAGUUCCUUCAACGGACAAACGGUGUCCGAUAGCGAAUCGAGCAGUGAUUCCGAAAGCGAUUCCGAAGAGGAGAACGAAGAGGAAAUCGAGGACGACGAGUCACGGGAUGAGAACUGUAAUGUGAAGAAUGAAAAGAAAGAGGAAAAGAAGGAGGAUAAAAAUUCCGGCAAUAAAGAUAGUGCGGAAAACGAGACCGGCGAGGAGAACAAAGGUUCUUCGAGCUCUGAAAGCGACGAGGGAGCCACGGUGUUGAGUGUUAACUCGAGCACUCGGGACGAAAAUAGUCAGCCGUCCGACGACGAUCGCUACGAGAGAGAUCCGAAGCGGCGAAGCGCCUCAAUAAUCGACGAGAGGAGCAUCGAGGAGAUGUUCGACGACAAUGGCUGGGUGAUCACGGAACAGGAUCUACAAACGGAUCUACGAACGGUGUCCGCGAUCGCCCCGUCGAGCUUCGGAUCCACGAACGAUCCCGGCGAACAACCAAGCGCAGAGACUGCAAACGCUGUCGGCUCCAACGACACAACCGAGACUCACGACGAAGAAAUUAUUGCACGAAUCGCCGAGCAGAGACGGGACGGCAUAUGGAGUAAUCUCGAGGACUCCUCGGCGCAGUCGAGCACCGUCGACGACGCCGAGAUGGUUCCCGCGAGCGAGAGUUUACCCAGGAGUCGCGUGUACAGGCAGAGCAGUCUGGGUAAAAACGGAUGGCUGAUCUCAGACGAGUCUGAGAGCGAGUCUGACCGGACCACCUCGCCGAUCGAAGGCGUCGGGACCGAUGCGAGGGGGAUCGAUAGGAUUGAGGAUAGCACGGGCAGCAUCGACGAGAACGGGUGGGUGAUACUCGACAACGACGACGUCGACAACGACGACGUUGACGACGACGAUGACGACGACGACGACGACGACGACGACGACGACGGCGACCGUAAAGACCGCGUAGCGGGCCGCAGCGCGCAGGAAUACACGAUUCGUUCCCAAACGACCGAUCUCGUAACGAAAACUAACAAUGAGAACGGCGCGUUAGUCGCGAACGCUACCCGGUCGAAGGGCACCGAGCAGUCAGGGCCCGACGAGCACGAGGAAACGCCCGGUGUCAAUAUCAGUAUACCGAUGCAAAUGGAUGUCUUACGAAUCUGUGAUAAAAAGUGCGACGCAUCGGUGGCCGCCGAUGAUUGCGCUCAUCCAUGGAGCUGGAAUCGAAUUAGAUCAGUGGCUGCUUCAUUCCUGAACAAGAGCAGGAGCCAGGCAGCGAUGACGGCGACGCGCGAGCGGGAACGUGAACGCGAGCGCGAACGCGAGCGCGAGCGCGAACGCGAACGGGACCGCGAGCGAGACGUGGACGCGGAGAUCGACUCGCCGCUGUCGGCGAGAUCCCGCUACGCCGCUCUAAAGGAGCGCCGGCAGCGUCUGGCUCGCUCCAGGAGCUCGCACAACUUCGGCGGCGACGACCUCGACCUGGACGAGGAACCACCGUCGCCGACGACCCAGUCGCCGAAUGCCUACUUGGCGGCCAAGUACGGCGCCGGCUCGGAGCUGGCGCGGAGUCGCAGCACCCACGCCUUGAAAUCGCGCGAACCGAGCCCGGAGCGCGAUCGACCGGGCACGGAGAAGGACGGCGCGGCACUAAGCUCCUGGGCCAGGUACUUGAAGAACAAGUACGGCAACCGCACCACCAAGGACAAGGAACCGCCCUCCUCGUCUUCCACGAUACCUUCGUCCAGCACCAGCGCGGCCUCGAGAAGGCUAUCAUUGGGCUUGCCUCUCAGGCACACCGGGCAAACAUCCUUCGAAUCCUCUGACGACGCAAAAAACCCGUCAGGCUCCCCCACGUCCCCUACAGCAGCUCCCGUUAUACCCGCGGCAGCAGGUUCCUCCACUAGCAAUGGUCGGAGGAGUCAUUACUUGCUGAAGCGGCGGCAGCUGUUUAAGUUUGGGAUGCGGGGGAGCGAAGCCGGAUGCUUUACCUGGCCGAGAGGCCUCGCAGUCGGCCCGGACAACUCCAUCGUCGUGGCCGACAGUUCCAACCAUCGUGUUCAAGUAUUCGAUGGUAAUGGGAACUUCAUGAAGGAGUUCGGUACAUACGGCAGCGGCGAGGGCGAGUUCGAUUGUCUCGCCGGGGUGGCCGUAAACAGGAUCGGGCAGUACAUCAUUGCGGACCGUUACAAUCACAGGAUCCAGGUGCUCGAUCCGUCCGGCCGUUUCCUGCGGGCCUUCGGCUCUCAAGGUACCGCCGACGGCCGGUUUAAUUAUCCCUGGGGCAUCACCACCGACGCCCUGGGAUUCAUCUAUGUAUGCGACAAGGAGAAUCAUCGCGUGCAAGUAUUUCAAUCGGAUGGCACGUUCGUGGGCAAAUUCGGCUCAUGCGGCAGCGGACGCGGCCAAUUAGAACACCCGCACUAUAUCGCGGUGAGCAACACCAACCGGGUGAUUGUCAGCGAUGGAAACAAUCAUCGCGUGCAGAUAUUCGACGUGAACGGCCGCGUGCUAACGUCUUUCGGCUCGGAGGGCUCGGACGACGGCCAAUUCAAGUUUCCGCGUGGCGUCGCCGUGGACGACCAGGGCUAUAUCGUUGUUGCUGAUUCUGGCAACAAUCGCAUACAGGUCUUUAGCCCGGAAGGCGCCUUCCUCAAGUCGUUCGGCUGCUGGGGCAGCGGUGACGGCGAGUUUAAAGGCCUCGAAGGCGUUGCGGUCACUUCCACCGGCAACAUCGUUGUCUGCGACCGCGAGAAUCAUCGGGUCCAAGUAUUCUGAGAGCUGGUCGUUUUCAUCGCGUUUUAUUUAACACUCGAGGAGCCGCGAGCCUUGCUAUUUUACCAAACGACGUGUUCUAGUCAGCAAUGUUCGCUAUUAAUAUUGUUCACGAUGAGCGAAUAUUCAGAAAAUAUCUCCCAAUAAUGUCACGUAUUUGGAGAGUAUUUAAAUCGACGCUUACGAGUCCGAAUGAACAUCUGUGGAAUAUUUCUGGAAGUUUUAAUAAUCUUGAAUAUAUUAUUGUGACACAUUUUUUAUCUAAAAUCUAUGACUAACACUUAGGAAAAAGUUCAAAGUUAAAAAUAAAACUUAAAAAUAGAAAAAGUAAAAUAAAAUGUCAAAAAUUAUCUCGAUAUUUGGAAAGGUAAAUUAUUUUAAUCUUAUGUUGCUCACACAAUAAGCAAAAUGUCAAUAAUAUUGGAAGAUUGACAACAGAUUUGCCGUUAAUCUGUCAAUAUUGCUAAAAUUUUACCAUACAGGUAUAAUUUAUCGUCUUAAAAAAUAUGCAAAAGUUGAUAUUACAAAUCGGAGGGUUUUUCAAUUUAGCAACUUUUUAGAGAGACAUUUUGCAAAAACAUUUUAAUAAUUGUCGAUAAAUCGGGAGUGAGAUGUUAUUAUAGCUUGGUUAAUUUAUAUAUUAACAUAUUUUUUAAUUGUCGGAAAACUUUUUAGUGAAUCUUACAAUGUUGAACAUAAUUAUUUUCACUCUGUUUUAUUCUUUGAAAUUAACAAAAAUCGCACUCAAAGUUUUUGUCUAAUACAAAAAAUAUAAAAAUUUUUAUCAUGAAGGA